CCUGCCUAUGGGAAAGAGGCUGACAUCCCGCGCCAAUCGGCAUGGCUCUUACAGAGAGCUGCUCACUUUUUGAAUCAGUUGUGGCGGCCCCCGGCAAGGAAUGGCGAUGUCUGUGAGAGGAGUCGGCGUUUGAACAGGCGGAACGCUCAGGGCAUUGUUUUGAGAGUGCUGAUUUAGAAGAAUACAAACCAUGGCUGAAUAUAGUAUGUUAACAUCCACUACCAGGAGGACUAGCUUGGCAGACUCUUCCAUUUUUGAUUCUAAAGUUACUGAGAUUUCCAAGGAAAACUUACUUAUUGGAUCUACUUCAUAUGUAGAAGAAGAGAUGCCUCAGAUUGAAACAAGAGUGAUAUUGGUUCAAGAAGCUGGAAAACAAGAAGAACUUAUAAAAGCCUUAAAGACUAUUAAAAUAAUGGAAGUCCCUGUUAUAAAGAUAAAAGAAAGUUGUCCUGGAAAAUCGGAUGAAAAAUUAAUAAAAAGUGUUAUUAAUAUGGAAAUUAAAGUAUGCUUUGUAAAGAUGGAGUCAGUGGAAGAAUUUGAAGGCUUGGAUUCUCCAGAAUUUGAAAAUGUAUUCGUAGUCAUGGACUUUCAGGAUUCUGUCUUUAAUGACCUCUACAAGGCUGAUUGUAGAGUUAUUGGACCACCAGUUGUAUUAAAUUGUUCACAAAAAGGAGAGCCUUUGCCAUUUUCAUGUCGCCCAUUGUAUUGUACAAGUAUGAUGAAUCUAGUACUAUGCUUUACUGGAUUUAGGAAAAAGGAAGAACUAGUCAGAUUGGUGACAUUGGUCCAUCACAUGGGUGGAGUUAUUCGAAAAGACUUUAAUUCAAAAGUUACACAUUUGGUGGCAAAUUGUACACAAGGAGAAAAAUUCAGGGUUGCUGUGAGUCUAGGUACUCCAAUUAUGAAGCCAGAAUGGAUUUAUAAAGCUUGGGAAAGGCGAAAUGAACAGAAUUUCUGUGCAGCAGUUGAUGACUUUAGAAAUGAAUUUAAAGUUCCUCCAUUUCAAGAUUGUGUUUUAAGUUUCCUGGGAUUUUCAGAUGAAGAGAAAACCAAUAUGGAGGAAAUGACUGAAAUGCAAGGAGGUAAAUAUUUACCACUUGGAGAUGAAAGAUGCACUCACCUUGUAGUUGAAGAGAAUAUAGUAAAAGAUCUUCCCUUUGAACCUUCAAAGAAACUUUAUGUUGUGAAGCAAGAGUGGUUCUGGGGAAGCAUUCAAAUGGAUGCCCGGGCUGGAGAAACUAUGUAUUUAUAUGAAAAGGCAAAUACUCCUGAGCUCAAGAAAUCAGUGUCAAUGCUUUCUCUAAAUACCCCUAACAGCAAUCGCAAAAGACGUCGUUUAAAAGAAACACUUGCUCAGCUUUCCAGAGAGACAGAUCUGUCACCAUUUCCUCCUCGUAAGCGCGCAUCAGCUGAGCAUUCCCUUUCUAUAGGGUCACUGCUAGAUAUCUCCAACACACCAGAGUCUAGCAUUAACUAUGGAGAAACCCCAAAGUCUUGUACUAAGUCUUCUAAAAACUCCACUCCGGUUCCUUCAAAGCAGUCAGCAAGGUGGCAAGUUGCAAAAGAGCUUUAUCAAACUGAAAGUAAUUAUGUUAAUAUAUUGGCAACAAUUAUUCAGUUAUUUCAGGUACCUUUGGAAGAGGAAGGACAACGUGGUGGACCUAUCCUUGCACCAGAGGAGAUUAAGACUAUUUUUGGUAGCAUCCCAGAUAUCUUUGAGGUACAUACUAAGAUAAAGGAUGAUCUUGAAGACCUGAUAGUUAAUUGGGAUGAGAACAAAAGCAUCGGUGACAUUUUUCUAAAAUAUUCAAAAGAUUUGGUAAAAACGUACCCUCCCUUUGUAAACUUCUUUGAAAUGAGCAAGGAAACAAUUAUUAAAUGUGAAAAACAGAAACCAAGAUUUCAUGCUUUUCUCAAGAUAAACCAAGCAAAACCAGAAUGUGGACGGCAGAGCCUUGUUGAACUUCUUAUCCGACCAGUACAGAGGUUACCCAGUGUUGCGUUACUUUUAAAUGAUCUUAAGAAGCAUACAGCUGAUGAAAAUCCAGACAAAAGCACUUUAGAAAAAGCUAUUGGAUCACUAAAGGAAGUAAUGACGCAUAUUAAUGAGGAUAAGAGAAAAACGGAAGCUCAAAAGCAAAUUUUUGAUGUUGUUUAUGAAGUAGAUGGAUGCCCAGCUAAUCUUUUAUCUUCUCACCGAAGCUUAGUACAACGGGUUGAAACAAUUUCUCUAGGUGAGCACCCCUGUGACAGAGGAGAACAAGUAACUCUAUUCCUCUUCAAUGAUUGUCUAGAGAUAGCAAGAAAACGGCACAAGGUUAUUGGCACAUUUAGGAGUCCUCAUGGCCAAACCCGACCCCCAGCUUCUCUUAAGCAUAUUCACCUAAUGCCUCUUUCUCAGAUUAAGAAGGUACUGGACAUAAGAGAGACAGAAGAUUGCCGUAAUGCUUUUGCCUUGCUUGUGAGGCCACCAACAGAGCAGGCAAAUGUACUACUCAGUUUCCAGAUGACAUCAGAUGAACUUCCAAAAGAAAACUGGCUAAAGAUGCUGUGUCGACAUGUAGCCAACACCAUUUGUAAAGCAGAUGCUGAGAAUCUUAUUUACACUGCUGAUCCAGAAACUUUUGAAGUAAAUACAAAAGAUAUGGAUAGUACAUUGAGUAGAGCAUCAAGAGCAAUAAAAAAGACUUCAAAAAAGGUUACAAGAGCGUUCUCUUUCUCCAAAACUCCAAAAAGAGCUCUUCGAAGGGCCCUUAUGACAUCCCACAGCUCAAUGGAGGGAAGAAGUCCUUCCAGCAGUGAUAAGCAUGGAAUGAGUCGUCUUUCAAGCACAUCAUCAUUAGCAGGUAUCCCUUCUCCCUCCCUUGUCAGCCUUCCUUCCUUCUUUGAAAGGAGAAGUCAUACAUUAAGUAGAUCUACAACUCAUUUGAUAUGAAGCUUUAGAAAAUAUUAAAUUAUAGAAAUGUAUAAACACCUCAUACUCAAAUAAGAAACUGACUUAAAUGGUACUUGUAAUCAGCACUUGGUGAAAGCCGUUAGGAAGAUAAGUAACACUAAACUAUGCUAUUUGAUUUUUCUUCUUGAAAGAGAAAGGUUUACCUGUUACAUUUUCAAGUUAAUUCAUGUAAACACUGAUAGUGACUUUGAUGUAACUUAUCUUUUUGUUUGAAUCAGUCAUUCAAAGACUAGUCAUUUAAGAUGCUAUCAGCUGAUAUCAGUAGCUUUGCAACCCUGAGAGAGUAAAUAAGUUUUAUGGACAGGUGCCAAAUACUGCUGUGAAUCUAUUUGUAUAGUGUCCAUGAAUGAACUUAUGAAGAUAGAUAUUUAUGCAGCUCAAUUUAUGCGGAGAUUAAAUGGCAUUAUAAUACUGGAUAAAAACUUGCAUAGAAUUCUGAUUAAAUAGUGGGUCUUGUUUCACAUGUGCAGUUUGAAGUAUUUAAAUAACCACUCCUUUCGCAGUUUAUUUUCUUCUCAAGUGUUUUCAUGAUCUAGCAUGUGGAUUUUAAAAGAUUUGCCCUUAUUAACAAGAAUAACAUUUAAAGGAGAUUGCUUCAAAAUAUUUUUGGAAAUUGAGAUAAGGACAGAAAGAUUGAGAAGCAUUGUGUAUUUUGCAAAAACAAGAUGUUUGGUAGCUGUUUCAGAGACAGUACUGUAUAUUUAUGGUGAUUUUAGCCACUAGCAAAUCUCAAUUUAGUUUGAUAGUGUGUGGAAUUUUAUUUUGAAGGAUAAGACCAUGGGAAAAAUUGUGGUAAAGACUGCUUAUACUCUUAUGAAAUAAUUCUGAAGUUGCCAUCAGUUUUACUAAUCUUCUGUGAAAUCCAUAGAUAUGGGUAUGUUCAACUUUUUAUUGUGGUCUUAUAAUUAAAUGUAAAAUUGAAAUUCAUUUGCUAUUUCAAAGUGUGAUAUGUUUCACAAUAGCGUUUUUAUAGUCAGUGAUUCAGAAUAAUCAAGUUCAUAUGAAUAAAUGCAUUUUUAUUUCCUAUUUCUUUAGGGAGUACUACAAAUGUUUAUCACUUAAUUUUCAAGUAUCCGUUUUAAUAGUUUAACUGACUAUAGUGUUUUCUAUGCCACUUCUGAGAAUAGUGAAUGACUCUUUGCUAUAUUUUAAAAGCAAUGUAUAAGUAAGAACUUUGUAAAUAAAUACCUAAAACCCAAGUA